GUUUAAGCACCACUGCUUCAGUGACAUCACAGCGGGGUUGAGCCUGCCCCAGGUGCAGAAGUCGCCUGAAGGAAAUCUACCUAAAAUUCUCCAUUCUCCCAGGCGGCCAUCUGGAUCGCGUUUAAACACGGCUCAUCUCCUUUUAGAACACCAAGAGCUCGCGUCAACCUCGCGUGUCUGACAGUGCCCGAUCACAUUGGUCAACUUCAUGUCGAGAUCUUCUUGUUUUCCUUUCUUUUUCACUUGUUGGUUCACUUGCACCACGAGGUCGCCGUCCUCUGGAUCUUCCUCCAGGGUCACGAUAUUAAUUGUUAGUGAUCAGCACUCAGGUCCACCAGAAAAGAGUCACCAUCAACUCGCAUCGAGACCUUUCAUUGCAGCGUUGCUUGAUAUCACCAUUCCCCGGUGGCGCUCUAGGUUGCCGAUGAGACACUCAUCAGACCGGCUGGACGGAUUCGAACGAUACUGGCAAUGCUGGGAGCACAUCAAAGACGGCAACAAGGUAUAUCCCAUGAUAUCUCCUCACCCUAAUCACAGUGCCAAGAGAUGCUCAGCAGCCUCUGUCAGGAAGCGGAUCUUUGACAGAGACAUCUCCACAACACUCGAUAGUCCGAGGUACGCUGAGUUUGAAUCCACAGUCAGUUUUCUUGUAUAUUCUCAUUUGGUGCAGAUGCAGGCCGAUGAAGUCUUGGUUCGUUUCGUUUUGGGAGGUCCAAAUUCCAAUAAGUUGUAUAAACCACAACUCACCACCCUUUGCCAAGACUGCACAGGUGCUUGAGCAUAGGAACAGCUUUCUGUGCGGGGUUCUACACUAUCUUGUGAAGGCAAAGUGUUUGGAGAGUUGGAGUUCAGCUUUCUGUUGCGGGGUUCUAUCUUAUAAAGGCAAAGUGUUUGGAGAGUUGGUGAUGUGAAACCACCACUCUGGCUGUCAUCAUGCAAGUCUCAACAGCUUCAACGCCAUAGCCAAAAGCUCGGUGCUCGAGCAAUAUCAGAAAAAAAGAAACAAAAGGCAUUAUGUCAGCGGAUUCUGAAAGCCCUGGAGGACUUUGAGAAAAAAAAAAGAUACAGGGACUAGCUCUGCAAUACCC